AUUUUGACGUGGUUAAAAUUUGAACAACUCUUAUAGGAUUGCACGAAGGUAGAUGGUUAUGUAAAUAUUAAGAACUAUUUUUUGUUUAAAACUAAAAUUCAGUUAUUAAUUAUAUUAUAACAGAAUGUUACGCUCCAUUUCAAGUAAAACUUUAGUGCAGCAAAGAAAUUUCAUGCUAUUGUCACCUUUGGGUGCAAAAAAGUCAUCAAAAUCAGGUGGAACAUCCACUAACCAAAAUGUUCCUGGACUUAGCAAUAAAUGUGUUGAAGUUCCAAAUACACCUGUAGGACCAGGUGCUGCAAAAGAUAAAGAAUACAAAAAUCCAGAAUACUUUUGCUAUCACAUAGAAUCUUUCGGAGAAGCAGAAGUGGAGUUAGCAAAGUAUAGACUACCUGCACCUUCUAAUAAAGUACCUUUCAAUCGAUGAAUAGUUCUAUUAAUAAUAUUCUUUGUAAAUAAUUAUGUAAUAAGUAAUACAUUCUAGUAAAUACAAUAAAUAUUCAAAAAGAAAAGUGGGAAUUAUUUUUUAAAAGCAGAGAUUUAAUAGAUAGUUUAUUC